GAUUGGCAACAGUUGUUAGCCCAGGUACCAAUCCUUAAAAAAAAAAGAGGAAGAUUGGCAACAGCUGUUAGCCCAGGUUUCAAUCUUUAAAAAAAAAAAAGAAAGAAAGAAAAUAAAUAAGAUGGUGCCCAUCUUAAGUCCCCAUCCCGGCGGCAGCGAGGACGCCCCUGGGGGCGAGCAGGUGCCGUCAGCAGGGCUGGGAGAGCCCCCUCGUCUGCGGGCCUGUGCGCCCACCCUGCGCACUCGUCUCAUGAGCCUCCUGGGUUCUGCAGCUCCGGGAGGCAACCCCAAGUCUGGGUGCUGGCUUCCCGAGACUCCUGGGCAGGGGGCACCUGGACCCCCACAGCCGCACUUUGAGAAGACGGGCACCCCAUCCUCCCAGCAGAGGUGGAACGAACAGCACCCAAACCAGUGGCCUUGGCCCCGUCCACCCUGUGAGCAGGAGCGACACGCAGUGGGGGAGGCGCCUGCCCGGCUCCACUCCCAGAAGUCAGGGUCCUCAACCACGUGUCCAGACACUGGGCACGGGGCAGCACCGUGCGUGUCGCACACGCCGACUCGUGCUGCUAACAGCCAGCAGGCCAGGCUGACACCCACAUGGUUAGGCCCAGAGCACAGUCCCAUCACUGCCCUUGGAGGGGUGCCUAGCACCGCGGUCCAGCCCAGCACCCCGGGCGCCCCCACGGCACUCUCAGCUGCGCCUGCUGUUGCACUUGGGGGAGUUUCCCCUCUGCUCGGUUCUAAAUCAGUUGCCCGACUGCACAGGGGAGAGCGGAGGACACGAGCCCAUCCCUGGACGAGGCACAGCUGGCAGGCAGGGACCUCACGACUCCACUCAGCCCACAGGAAGCUCGGCCACUCGGGUCACGUGCAUAGCUGUCACGUUGGACGGAGGAGACACCACAGCGCCCGGCCUCGCCACGGACAGGACGGAAACCGACAAAGCCCGCUCUCACUGAGCGUCUGUUCAAAGCCUAACUCGGAGGAGACCUUCCUCAAAAUGGUCCUUCAGAUCAUGGCACCCGUCGGGGAAGCUCCCCCAGGACUAGCAGAUUGUUUAGGUCGCUCAGCUGCAAACGUCGCUGGGUCUUCAAACAGCAGAAAUCCACUUGCCACAGGGAGGGUGUCAUCGAGAACAGAGAGCUGGGCCGUGGGGAGGGUCCCAGCGGCGGCUCCUUCCGGAAACCCCGAGGCUCUGGUGUGUCCGCAGGGUGGACCGGGCAGCACACACGUCUGGUUUUCAAACGCGACCUCGUGGCCCCUGAAAACACACGUGCGCUGCAGCAUCAGGUUUUUAAACCGCACACCAGACAUGGUCCCAGCUGUGUCUGGGCCUUAGAAGAGACAGCUGGUCAUCCGUGUGACUAUUGAUGGCUUUUAUUUCCUAACCUUCACUGCUGUGCACAAUUCACAAUUUCUAGUCUGGAAACACAUUAUCUCAGCGACGGAGCAGACGGGAGCAGUGUGAGGUCUCAGGCUGCGGCGGGAAACACCCGUGUGCCCCUCAGGAGAGGAGCAGCCGUCAAGAGAGCCAGCGUUCGCAUCGUUAAUCAGCGACAACACCAGGAUCCCGGCAGGACUCAGAGGCCCCACAGAGGCUGCUGAGAUGACGGUGAAGCACAGAGACAGUGUGGCGUGUCGCUUUCCUCCUCGCACCAGUGUCCAAACGAGAGCUUCCUUGGGACGGGGCACAUGGAACCGCAGAGCUGACGGCGACCAUCGUCGCUCUGCAUCGUCCCCUCCUGCAGCGACCUGGGCGUGUCCUGCGGGCUGCUCUGCUCCGGCCCAGCUGCCCGGGUGCCGGCCGUGCUCAGCAGGGACAGGAGGUGCCCGACCCCGGACCCCAGUGCCCUAACUCCACCUCCCUGCCCGUCAUGCGGCUGGGUGGGGUCAGGGACUCGGUCCUCCCCUGGGAGUCGCUGCAGCAAACCGAGGCUCCUGGCCCUUCUUCCAGAACGUGUGGGGCCACGUGGGCGGCGCCUGCAUUGGCAUCACAGGCCCUGACUCGGCACUUGGUGGGCGACUCACCUCCCCAGACCACGUCGAGGGGGCCGCACAGGCUGCGUCUGAGCGAGGCAGGGGCCACAGUCCAAGGCCGGCCACACUUGUGCCUGCAGAUGACCCCACAAGGGGAGGAAGACACUCAAAGCCCGAAGCUGGGGGCCAGCCUGGUGGCGCAGCGGUUAAGUUCGCCCAUUCCACUUCAGUGGUCCAGGGUUUGCUGGUUCGAAUCCCAGGCAUGGACUUACACACUGCUCAUCAAGCCAUGCUGUGGCGGCA